AUGCCUAGUCGCCGAGGCUACGACCUAUCUAAUCUCUGCAGAAAAAGUCGACAAUAUGGACGAGGACCUACAAAACAAAGUGACUCUCCCCUCGACACUACCCUAGUCAUCAACAAUGCUCAGGGUAAUGACGAGAACAACUAUGUAACGAAUACCCAGUCACAGAUACCUCAUAGCCAACAUGAGCAGCAGCCACAGCAGUCACAGGAGUCACGCUUAAGCCCCGGAUAUACAAGAAGCUCCGGUCAGUAUACACUCUACAACGAACAGACUGGCCGCGGAUGGAAGCGCGUCAUCCAAGCAACGAACUCUACUCAUACACUUGCUAUUGCGACUCCAACUAUAUCUAAUACAGCCAUAAAUACCAACGAUAACAGUGUCAGCUCUAACCCUACUGACCUUUCACCAUCCGAAGGGGGUCGCAUCCGCAAUAGAGGUAUUAAAAAGUUAAAGAAACGCGUAACAUCCAUAGCACAGCGCGCGAUUCAAGCUUCGCAGAACGCAAGGCGACUCCUAACACCGCCAUUUUCGCGCCGCGCUAUCAACCCGCUGCCCAGUACGUUGAUGGUUGGCCCUGCUGAGACCGAAACCCCUAAACAUGCGACUUGUGGACAACAACUGGAUCAGACUUCUAUUAACACCCAGUCACCUCUACUGCUUCCGCAGAUUAUCGUCACCUCACCGUCGGGUGAAGAAAAGGGUGUGCAACAGACCUGA